GCAGAUUAAUCAUGCAUGCCUGCUCUCUUGGCCACCGGCUUGUUGGCCGCCUCCCCGCCUCCGCUAACAGCCAUGGGAGCCUCGGGGAGAUGGAUGCUCUGGACCUGGUGUGUGUGUCUCGCUGCUCGGGAGGACGCUGCCGUCAGCGUGACCAUGGGGGAGUCCAGCCUGGAGGUGGUCCGGGGGGACGUGGUCGUCCUGCCCUGCUCCUUCCUCACCGCCACCGGCCCGUCCAGGCUCAACGUCAUCUGGACCCUGGCGCCGUCCUCCAGCCCGGAGAGCCCGGUCCAGGUGAUCGUGUAUGACCACGGCCAGGUGAUCGAGGACCCCUCCCUCGCUGGCAGGGUGGGGUUCACAGGUCUUCCUGCCAGGGCGGACAUCAUGCUGAACGACACCCGCGUCUCGGACGCCGGCGUCUACCGCUGCAUGGUGAACAACCCGCCGGAGCCGGCGGACCCCGGCAUCGGAGAGCUGCUGCUCAGCGUGCUGGAGCCGCCUUCGCUGCCCGUGUGCCAGUGGGACGGAGACAUCGAGCUGGGAGGAAGUGUCCAGCUGUCCUGCUCGGUGGCCGAGGGCGUCCCCACCCCGGACGUCCGCUGGGAGAGAGUGAAUCCGGGGGACGAACCCGUCCCCGUCGACGUGGAGGGGGAGGCGUCAGGCUCCGUCCAGAUGGUCAACGUGUCCUCUCAGACGGCCGGCCUGUACCGCUGCUCCGCCUCCAACGUCCUGGGAACCGAGAACUGCUACGUCAACCUGGCCGUUUACAGAACCCCGGACGGCCCCUCCGGCGUACUGCCCAGCGUGUUGCUGACGUUGACCAUGAUCCUGGUGCUGCUGGCGCUGGUGGUGCUGGUGCUGUGGCUGCACCGGACCGGCCCGGACGGGCGGUGGAGCGACAGGAAAGGAGAGGACGAGGAGUGUUACAACGAGAUCCGGUACACGGCGUAUGUGAUGAAGCGCUCCUUCGUCUGAUUUACCACCAUCAUGUUUCACAAACAAACUCUCAGCCUGGAAUCACGUCAAGUUCACGUUAGAUCCAUCUAGAAAAGUGAAACUAAGCCGUUACUCGUCACAGCAACUUGUUUUGAAAUAAAUGUAAAUUUUUUGUCAAAGUUAUGUUGUCGUAUGUACAAAAAAACUAACAAUCCCGAGUGCUGCUGUCAGACGGGCUGAACCAGACUGUGUGAGCAGAACUGGGCCAACUCCUGGGACCUCGCUCUGGGGCGCUCUGGGGCCCGUGUUUCCCGCUAGAAUAAAGUAGGCGUGGCAGCCGUCUGGAACACUCCCACCUCAGGCACAUGUUAGGCAACAUGGCCAACUGUGAUGUUAGCUACUGUUCCUUUAUCAACUCCGUCCAAACAUUCUUACUUUAAGUGUUAAUGACAGAAUGACAUCUGAAACAAGUGCCGUCUUCUUUUCUUUUUCUGGAGCUACCUGGAUGCUAAUAGCUAACAAUUUUCUUCUCGACAAUGAGUGAAACUGAUCACUAUGUAUUUAUUAAAAUGAAAUGUCUCCACCAACAGGAGUUCUGGGUAAAUCUGGGGGACAGGAACCUACAGGGCCGGCGUGUUUCCACCACACUGUAGCACCACAGGAACCUUUGACUGAAAAAUAGCGCCACCGACCACCAGGUGGCGGGAUUGUGCAUUUUUUUUGCAGUUCACAAACAGCCAGCAGAAAAAUGAAAAGAAACACGUAAACAAUGGAUGCUACUUAUGUAGCGUUUGGGAUUAAAAGAACCCACCCGCCGGACCUCUAUAGUGGUGUAAUUGUAAAAAUGUAUUGUAUUAACUGGAUACCAGACCGGAAAAUGGCCGCCGUUCAUUUCAAUGGAAGUUGCUCGCCUGGCGCAUACGCCGAAAAAAGUUCCUGACUUCCAGGUUUACUUCCGUGUUAUGGGGCCCAUAGAGCAUGCGCAGUUGAGUCACCUCCCAUGAUGCUCUGGGGCCUCCCAUCAUGCCCCGGGGCAACAUCCAUGGCACGGACACGGCCGUGACGUCACGCCCAGAAAGAGACUUUUCUAUGACUUUUCUGGCCGUUAGAAAACAUUUUUGACGGAUAUUAAAAAAUAAAAAUAUAGAAUACAAAGAUUAGUAAUUGCCGGUGAUUACAGCUGGAGGUUCCUGUGAACAGUUUUAGAGGCUUCUCUUUUACUAUUGGGGUCUAUGGGAAAAAAUGCUUUUUGGGCCAAUGGGAUUUUUUGGUGCAGUACCGCGGCUGGCCACUGGAAAAAAUCGGCGUGCCUGCUGAAUGUGAGACCGGGGGCCUGGCCCCCUCCCCGAAGGCCACGCUACUGGGCCGUUCCUGGCAAUGGAAACGUGCAAACCUGGAACUCCCGCUGGUGGAAACGCCUCAUGCUGCUUUUGUUGCUUUGUUUGGUUGCUUCAACACUGAUGAAAAAAUACCAUUAAGACUAAAAAAGUGGGAGAAAAAAAAGACACGGCAAUUGCUUAGCAAACAAAGACAAAAACUUUUAAUUUAAAUAGGAUGGGGGGGAGAAAAAAAAUAAAAAUAAAAAAAAUACAUAAAAAACUGUACAGAACAUAGACUUAAAUAAACCUCCCUCCCCCAAAACACUUAAAAAAAUUAUGACAAUAAAGUAGGAUGGUGUAUGAUAUAACUUGUGCAAAAGAAGUAUUAAUGGAUUCUUCCCAAACUGCACGGUUCGGCGUGAAGAAUGCCUCCACUCAACUUUCCCCUUCCACGGGUAAAUCCAGGACCCCUUCCCUCAACCACAGCAUAGUGUCUUUGAUGGAAAAGAAAGAAAAAAAAAUCCAAUAAUAAAAUAUAUUUAUAUCUUAAAUAUAUAUUUAUAUAGCAAACAUGCUGUACAUAGUUUUAGAGAUUGAAAAAUCCCUUUGUUGACCCCCGGGUCUGUCUGUAAGCUUGUGCUUUCCCGACUCAGCAAAAGAAAGAAGAAGGAGGGGAAGGCUGUUAAAACUCCCCGUUGUUUUGGGAAAAAAAAGAAUAGAGCAAAAGGAAAAACAGAAAAAAGAGCUGAUCAAUAAGUCUCUGUUUUUCCUGAGUUGGGAGAGUUGAGGGAUGCCGACACACUUUUCACCUUUUGGAGCUUCUUCACAGUUGACCGAUGGAAACGCCGCCGGCGUCAAGUUUCUUUAGUUUUGCUUAUAUGUGAGGAUUUUAAUGUGGGGUCGACUGCAGCAGUGUGAUUUCACAAGGAUGUGGUUUUAACAGCAUGCAGAAAAUGUUCAAAAAAGAGGGGGGGUCAACUUUUAUUACACCAAUGUGACCAAAUAUUCAACCUGCAAUAAAACUGUGACACUUGUCUUUUUAUUUUAUGCCCCUUUUUCAGUUUUCUCCCUUUGAAAAAGAAAAAAAAAAAAAAAGUCUUCGGAGGAGUCACUUGGUGAAUCGCCUCUGAUGAUUAUCGUUAUGACACGUGGGGGGCAAAGCCGUGAGAACGUGAAAAAAAACAUUUGAGGCAGAGAUCGUGGUGAGGUUGAUGCUUUUUCUUUUUUCUUUGUUUCAUGUUGGGAUAAAACCCCCGGAAACCGUUAGGAUCUGCUCCUCACAGUGGUCAGAGUGCAACUUAAAGUGGGUGAAAAGCAACUUAAAGUGACGUCUCGGGAACACUUCCAGUUACAUCACAAGCUUAAAGAAAAUACGACAGCCGCUGGAGAGAAUACAA